AUGAGUUCUACAAGCAAAGCGUGGACGGUGGCAGUUAGCAUCGGUGUCGUAGAGACGUUGAAAGACCAGUUGGGUCUUUGUCGGUGGAACUACAUGUUCCGGUCGGUGAAUCAGCACCUCCGGAACAAUGUCCGAACUGUUGCUCAGGGGAAAAGGUUCUCCUCUUCUGUUGCCGCCGCAGUUAACUCGUCUGAUGAGAGUCAAAAGGCGAAGAAGUGUGAAGAAUCGCUCAGAACGGUUAUGUAUUUGAGUUGUUGGGGUCCUAAUUGA